AUGUGGGUGGAUUUUUAUGGCAGAUUGACAGCGCCCCUGUUCCAAAUCGUGCCGGUUUCUGCGCCGGGAGAACCGGCAGGAAACCUGACGUGGGACAGCUUUUACCAAGAUGUUAAUCCGUACGAUCGUUGCGGCUCCAGCCUCACUUGCCCUGCUGUCCCGCGUGCGGCGUGGGAGGAGGAAAACGGGAACCGUGAUGACGUGGCAUACGUGGCUGACGUGGCGGAUGAGGUGGAUGCGGUGGUUGCGGUGGUGCCAUGCCGCCCAGCGAACGGCUCGUUGGCGAGGGACGUGCGAUGGCAGCAGCUGAUGCUGUCGCUCGCACGAUUCGUCAUCCCCCCACCCCUGGAUUCCCCUCGUGAUCGUCUCCCCCUGCCGCCCGCCACUCAACCUCUUCCAUUGCCGCUUCUUGAGUCGCCUCAUAAGUUUCCCCCACCUUGCUGCACCUUCCCCACCUUUUCCCCGCAUCCUCCCCAACCUUUCCCCCAGUCCCCCCGCCCCUGGAUUCCCCUCGUGAUUGUCUCCCCCUGCCGCCCGCCGCUGAACCUCUUCCAUUGCCGAUUCCUCGUGGAUGCACAGCCCUACACGCUGCAUGCUCCUGCUGCUCCUGCUGCUGCUGCUGCUGCUGCUGCUGCUGCUGCUGCUGCUGCUGCUGCUGCUAAGGCUGCUUCUGCUGCUGCUAAGGCUGCUGCUGCUGCGCACGCCGCUGUCAACGGUGGCAGUGGCGGGACGACGGCAAUGGCGGGCGACGUGUGGCUAUACAACGUGACGUUGCGCGACGUGCGCGCUCGCAUCCAGCCUCCAGGAUCGUGUUCCCUGGCGCAACCCACAGCGGGCGCCUCAGGUGUCUCAGAAAGGUCUUGCGCCCCGGCGCAAACUUUUGAGUCGACUCAAAAGUCACCUCAAGUGCGGAAUUUCAGGUGUCUCAAAAAGGUCGUGCGCCCCGGCCGGCGCAACCUAACGCGGGCGCCUCCUCGCCUCAGGGGGGAGCAUCAUGCAGCAGCAGAGGCGGAGCUGGUGGCGCUGGUAUCAGCAGAGGUGGGGGCGGAGAGCAGGAGAGGGCUUGAGGCGGCGGGAUGGCGGGUGGUGGAGAUUGAAAGGAUCAAGAGCCCGUGGUCGCGACCAGGGAGCCAUAAUGAGUGGAACUUGAGCAAGCUGCGCCUGUGGCAGUUGACAGAGUACGAGCGAAUCGUCUAUCUAGACACGGACGUGCUGCCCCUGCGCCCGCUCACACACCUCUUCCUCUUCCCCGAGCUCUCUGCUGCCCCCAACGACGACAACCAUUUCAACUCGGGCCUGCUGGUUCUCGAGCCGGCAGACUGCACGUUCGCCUUCCUCCUUGCCAACAUCCCCAACAUCUUCUCUUACAAUUGCGGAGACCAGGGUUACAUCAACAACGUCUUCCCCUGGUGGCACCGCCUCCCAGACCACACUACCGUUCUCAAACACAAACCACCGCACACCACCUGUGGCACAGGCAAAAGACCUUACGCUGCCUAUAACGAGGCAGUGGCUACGCAGAAUGCCUUGUUCUCCUCUGAUCCUCCCCAGCUGCACGCCAUUCACUUCCUCGGCCGAAAACCCUGGGUAUGCUUCCGCGAUUUCGAUUGUAACCUGUCGGCGUCGCUUCACGACCUUAAGUUUGUUAACGAAGCCGCUUUUAAGCGGUGGUGGGCGGUGCACGACGGUUUGGAGGAGCGGCUGAAGCCCUGGUGUUGGUUGAGUGGGGAGGAGAAGGAGGUGAUUUGGCGGGGGAUGAGGAAGAGGAAGCAAGACGGGGUUGGAAGUCCCAGGUCCCCUCCCCCUGCUCUCCCCUACUCUGCCCUUCCCUCCCCUCCCCUUCUCUCCACCUCCUCUGCCCUUUCCUCCCUUUCCUUCUUCUCCACCCCCGUCUACUCACCAAUGUGCCCUAAGGUUGCGACUUUUGAGACGUCUCAAAGGACUUGCCCCUCCUUUCCUUCAUUUCCACCCCCCUUACUCGCCAAUCUGGUAGUACACACCCCUCAGGUUAGAGGCCCCAAGGUCCCCUCCUUUUCCUCUCCCCUCCCUCUCCCUUUCCUCUCCCCUCCCUCUCCCUUUCCUCUCCCCUUCCUCUCCCCUUCCUCUCCCCUUCUUCUGCCCUUUCCUCCCCCCUCCCUCUUACCUUUCCCUCCCUCUACUCCACAAUGUGGUGGCGCACACCCCUAA